AUGGAUAGGCCGCCUCCCACGUAUACCCACCGUCAAAUACUCGUAGCUCUCAUCAUCCUCGGCGCGAAGCGACUACUACAACUCAUUUACGAAGACAUUAGACAACAUAGCGAAGCUGGGAGUGGCAGCAUCGUUUACGACGUGGCUGCGAACCUGGUUUGCGCCCCUGACGCGAACGACAGUCCUUGGGCAAACGCCCUCAACUUCAUGGAUAACUCGGGAAACAUGCCGGCGCCUAUCCAGAAGAAGCUGACGAUGCGGGAAGUUCUGAAAUCGGAUGCCGAGAACUGCAAAAGACUGCAGAAGACAGAUAUGAAUCUGGCCGAGAUCGUGGUGGAGUCCCAGAUGGUCGUCGCUCAGGCCGCAGCCAUUCAGGCAGAUACCAUGCUGCAAAACGAUCUUGGCCUGGGCUUAGAUGGAGGCACGGGCUCUCUCGACGAUGCCAUGGCAGCUGCAACUGCGAAUGUUGUUGCCGGAGAUGGCAUGUCCGUAGAUAACGUCAGCCUCGACUUGAGUAUGGCUGGCGAUAUGGGCUUGGGUGGACCUUCCAACGCUGGGGGUGGUCUUGACCUUGGGGACAAUGACCUCUUCAGUGGUCUCGAUACUGGCGAUGACUUUCAGUGGGACAAUAUGGAUCUCUCGUAA